CGAAAGUGAAAGUAGGUGAGAAAUAUUCCUCUACACUUCACUUAACCAUGAAGAAGCAAUUCGUUAUCCAAUUAAAUACACUCGCUUCUCAAACAGAUCCUUAAAUAAUCUCAUCGUAUGGUCUAGAUUAAGUAGCGUAACAAUCUUCUCGUAGUCUCUCCCGCAUAUUAUCUUUCUCUCUUUCUUCUUCCUCCUCACCUCUCUGGUUCUCUCUAUAUAUAUAUAUAUAUACAGAGCAUCGUUCAUAUCUUAAUUUCACCGCUCUUUCUCUUUCGCUUCUCUGAGAAGUUUCAAAGCUAAUUCAGGAAGCUUUCGAGAAAUUGCAACAAUGGAGAAACUCGCGGCGUCUACUGUUACAGAUCUAGCUUGCGUAACGGCGAUAAACUCAUCGCCGCCUCCACUAUCACCGAUCUCUGAACAAAGCUUCAACAACAAACACCAAGAAGAGUUCGCCGCAAGCUUCGCAUCACUCUACAACUCAAUCUUCUCACCGGAAUCUCUCUCUCCUUCUCCUCCGUCCUCUUCCUCACCACCAUCUCGCGUCGAUACAACUACAGAGCAUCGUCUUCUUCAAGCGAAACUUAUCCUCGAGUACGACGAACUCAACGAGCAUUACGAGCUUUGCCUUAACCGUCUUCAAUCUCUAAUGACGGAACUUGACUCUCUUCGUCACGAAAACGAUUCUCUCCGCUUUGAAAACUCAGAUCUACUCAAACUUAUUCGUAUCUCUACUUCAUCCUCCUCCUCCGUCUCUCCUCCGGCGCCGAUCCAUAACCGUCAAUUCCGUCACCAGAUCUCCGAUUCUCGCUCCGCGAAGAGAAACAAUCAAGAGAGAAACUCGUUGCCUAAGAGCAUCUCCGUCAGAUCUCAAGGAUAUCUCAAGAUCAACCAUGGAUUUGAAGCGUCAGAUCUCCAAACGAGUCAACUCAGCUCUAACUCGGUAAUUCUCACUGUAAUUUUAAAAUUUAAAAUUUGUUUUUAUUUGAUUAAUGACGUCAUAAAUGUUUUGUGAAGGUGUCUUCUUCUCAAAAGGUGUGUGUAGUACAAACAAAAGGGGAGAGAGAAGCAUUAGAGCUUGAGGUAUAUCGUCAAGGGAUGAUGAAGACGGAGCUUUGUAACAAAUGGCAAGAGACUGGAGCUUGUUGUUACGGCGAUAAUUGCCAAUUCGCUCACGGAAUCGACGAGCUACGUCCUGUGAUUAGGCAUCCACGCUACAAAACUGAGGUUUGCAGAAUGAUGGUCACCGGAGCUAUGUGUCCGUACGGUCACCGUUGCCAUUUCCGUCACUCACUUACUGAUCAAGAGAGGAUGAUGAUGAUGAUGCUUACUCGCUGAUCUGGAGAAGAAGAAAGGUCAUUGAAAAAGGGUAAUAAUUAGUGGUUGUGUACAGAUUUCAGAUUUGAUACCUUAUAAAUAUCGUAACUUUUCUGGGUAAUGAAUUGGGAAGAAACAUAUUUGCUUGCAAUAGGAAUAAGGAAGGGAAAGAUGUUAAGUAAAUGUUUGAUAGGAUUAUAGGAAUAUAAUUAGGGAUGGAUAAGAAAGGAGAAUUGAAGAAAUGUGUGGUUCUCUUUUAUACUUCGAGAUGUUAAUUCUUUUGAUAUGUUGUUUGUAUUCUCUUGGAUUAAGCAGGAGAGACUUGAAAAGGAUGUUAGAUUCAACAAAGAUAUGAAAUUUAUAUUGAUAAAGUUUUCUACUUUGUUCA